UAGCUGUCCAUCUCCCGGGGAAACUCUGAAUAUUUGCGGUUAUAAUCCAAGGUUGUCGCAUCAGUUUAUAUUUCGUUGCAGCUGGUGAUGGAGCAUCAUAACGGUUCUGACCAACAGCUGAGGCACUGAGUAAAGAACAGAAUAGAUUUUUAUUUUUCGUGACUGAAGUAAGACGUUUAAUGAUAAAUUCUUUCAAUAGUCGUUUUCUGGCUGAAGUAAGAAGUUCAAUAACAAUGGUGCAUCAAGUAGUUGUCGCUUUGCUUGUGUGUGUGGCUAGUGCGCAGUUGAUCUGCGCAAAGGUACCCGAGAAGUCAUCCGCUCUCCUGGACCCGAAGCAUCUCGAUAAGGCCCUGACCGACGCCAAGAUGAGAGACCACUACGUGCGCUGUUUCCUGGAGAAGGGUGUGUGCACCCCGGCAGCCACCGAGAUCAAGCGCAUCCUGCCGACCGCUCUGAGCGACAAUUGUGCCAAAUGCAGCCAGCAACAGAAGGCGGGGUCUAGAAAGGUGAUCCAGUACUUGAUGGACGAGCAGCCCGAGAUGUGGAAGCAGGUGUCAACCAAGUACGAUCCUAAGGGUCUCCACAAAAAGUGGUUCACCCCCACUCCGAAGGACAAGAAGACGGCUGCCAACAAGGGACCUGCUACUGCUGCUGCAGCUGCUGCUGAUUCCAAGACUUCCAAACAAUCUUCAAACGAGAAAAAGGAUAGCAAGAGCCAAGGAAGGAGGUGAAGAUCUCUGAAACAUAAAGCAAGAUGCAAUAUGUAAUUAUAAUAUACUGAAAAUGGUGAUGAAUAUACAGUUGAUAUGUGAUUUAUGUACUGUUGUAAGUGCUAUGUAGGCCUACCCUAUUGUACUGUUGUUAUGUACUCUUUUGAAUUAAAUUGAAUUUCUAUCCUUUAUACUGCUGUAUGUUCUGUUGUAAUAUGCAAUGUUGCAAUUUGUAAUCAAUGUUCAAAAAACUAAUGAAUUAUAAAUCAUUGUAAUUAUGAGAGUUA